UACGAAACGCUUUCUUCUUGUGAUCAUCGUCAUCGUCGUCGCUGAACUCUCGGUGAUUAGCCUCACUCAGUCUAUAUCGAUGUCAUCUGCCCCUCAGCCGAAACCUAGAAGCAAGAAAGAGCCGCUCUAUGAUGAGAGCCAGGUGGUCAUUCACCCCGAAGCGACCGUCGUGCAAGAUGCGGUAUUCAAGGGUAAAGUGACGAUAGGCAAGGGUACCGUCAUUCAUCCUUUGGCUCAGAUCCUGGCGCAUGAAGGGGAGAUUGUUAUUGGCGACAACUGUGUGAUCGCGGAAAACGUUCAUAUCCUCAACUCUGACACCUCAAAGACGCUUCAAAUAGGGAAUAAGAAUCAGUUUGGGACUGGAGCGAAGGUCCAAGCGUCCGUUGGAAACUCCAACAACUUCGGAGCUCGCUGCGAGGUUCUGGCAGACGUCAUCGUGUCGGACUACUGUGUCGUAGGUCCACAGACCACGCUGCGGAGCAGAGCCCUCGAUCCCUCUCAGCCCGAAGUCAUCCCGUCCUACACCGUGGUCUUUGGAUCGAACUCGGAUAGGCGGGCGUGGGAUGCGUCGGCGGCGCAGGAAGAGGCCAGUGCUAGAGAGAAACACUUGGAAUACUUGCGAGAGGUGUUGCCCAAGUUCUACCGAGUCAGAAAAUAGCAUCAUGUAGCCCCGAACAACACAGUCCGAGUGCGGUGGGGCAAGACUUUUUCCCUAUGACAUAUACCCCGUUUUGCUAUGCGACGUUGAGUUGGCAUAGACCGAGACUUGUUCCU